CUCAUUUCGCAUGCAAUUGCCGAUUUGGGCAACCCACGGAAGAAAUUAAGCCUCAAUGGGAAAAGGGGGCCUGUGGGGGCCUUACAGUUCGAGCAAUGACUUCGUUUCGCUAACGGUGUAAUUUUUAAGAAUGGUAAACAAUUUAUAAUUGGGGCGAAAUGAAGUUGUUGAGUUGCCCUGGCGACCAUCCACCCAACGUAAAUUAAUCUGAUUUCGUCUGUAAACGGGAAGCGAAAUGGACCGCGAUAAAAAACCCUUGACAGCCCAAGAAAAAAUUGAGAUGGAUCUAAUGGCAGAAGCUGAGCUUGGGAAGUUGCAGCGACAGUACCGAAUUAUGGAAUGCGAUCGCAAGGCGUUCUCCGAAGAAACCAACACCAAACUGGCCAAGCAGCGGAAGGUGAUUGCUGCCCUAAAAAAGGAGCAGGCCGAACUGCUGACCGACCUGAAGGCGGCCGCGAGCGACUCCAACAAGAGAAAGGAUCGAAAAAUGACGGCGAAGGUGAAUCGACUCCUGGACGAGCACGAGAACUACACGAGGCUGAUCGCGCGAGAGAAAUCUCGCCUGCAAGAUGUCAGCAGGGAGAUCAGGAAGCUGGAGAGGCGCGUUGAUCAAGUCCGCGGCAAGGACAUACCCGAUCGACAAUUCGAGGACAAAGUCCGAGGAGCCCAAAGGGCAGCGCAGGCCUUGGAAAAUCAGCUUGAUUACGAAACGAAGCGUUUUUGCGCGGUCCUGGAGGAUAAUCGCGAUUUGCGGGAGCGAAUCGAGCACCUCCUCAAAGACCGGGCGCACUUUAAUUCCGUGUGGGAGACGCUUGUGGAGGACCUGAACCAAGGGAAGAAACUAAUGCUAGACCUCAUCGAGCAGGCCACCCUCUCCUACGACCAAAGAGAGGAGUGGUGUUCUAAGCUGCACGCGUUAAGGAUACGCAAUCGGAACGAUUUCAUGCUGCACGCCGAGGAAAUGAAGGAGCUUCAACGGCAGCUGGAUCACGACAGCAAGCUCUACGAGUUCCUCGGAAUCAAAGGGCAGAAGAGAAUAAUGAGGGAUUUGGAGGAGAAGGAGAUGAAGAAAGUCGAGCUGCAAAAGGAGGAGGUUAUCAAGCAGCAGGAGAGGUACCAGAAGAUGCUGGUCGAAAUUCGCGAACUCGUGGGAGAGGAGGACGUUUCGAGGCUUGCGUCCCAGUACUUCAAGCAGGAGGAGGAGAACUUCGCACUGUUCAACUACGUCAACGAGCUCAAUCACGAGAUCGAGGUGAUCCUGGAGGAGACCGAGAAGCUGCGCACAAAUAUCGAGGACCAGAAGGAGAUCAACGACUUGAAGGCGGACCAGCAGCAGAAAACUGUCCAGACGUUAACGGAAGACUUGGAGGCGGCAACUAUGCAAACGGAGCGCGCCCGUAAGGAAAUGGAGGAAGCUGAGGCUGACUUGGAAAGCAUCCUCAAAGGUAUCGAUGGGCUGUUUCAACUGAUCGAAUGCGACUACGCGCCCAUUCUGCAGCUGUUAGGGGAGGACGCUGCGAUUAAUCAAGAUAAUGUCAUGCUGUACUUGGGGGUCUUGGAGAAGAAGGUGGGCGAGCUAACAGCCAACAUGUAUCUAAAGGAAAAGAGUCUGUUCGCCAAGAAGAGGAGGGCCAUUCAGACGAAAGAUGAGAAGCAUUUGUAAUCACUUUACUACCACAUAAUGUACAGUCUUGACUGCAAGCAGCAACCAAAUAUAUCGCCAUCAGUUACUGCAGUAUAGGCAACACACCCUGCACCUCUACAAGUUUGUUAGUAUUUUUGUAACCAUUUUCCGUAUCCAACAAUAU